AUGACGGAAAGUUCAGUAGAUGAUGGUGAUUUUAGACGAAAAGAUUUCAUUUGUGGUGUAGUUGAAGGCUUUUACGGCCGUCCCUGGACCACGGAGCAGAGAAAAGAUCUGUUUAUUAAACUUAAAAAAUGGGGUAUGGAUAUGUAUGUCUACGCUCCAAAGGAUGACUAUAAGCAUCGAGCUUAUUGGAGAGAGCUCUACACUGUGGAGGAAGCUGAACACUUGACUUCUUUGAUAUCUGAAGCUAAAGCUCAGGGUAUAACAUUCUGUUAUGCAUUGUCACCAGGACUUGACAUAACAUACAGUAGCCAAAAAGAAAUAACAACACUUAAGAGAAAGUUGGAACAGGUGUCACAGUUUGGGUGUAUGUGUUUCUCCCUCCUAUUUGAUGAUAUAGAGCCAGAGAUGAGUGAAGCUGACAAGCAAAUAUUUCAAAGUUUUGCACAUGCACAGGUUUCAGUAACAAAUGAAAUACACCAGCACCUAGGAUGUCCCCGAUUUCUCCUAUGCCCUACACAGUACUGUUCAACUAGAGCUGUACCUACUGUUAACAACUCUGAAUAUCUUAACACACUAGGAACCAAGCUGUCGCAAGAAAUUGAUAUUAUGUGGACAGGUCCAAAAGUAAUAUCGAAGACCCUUACAACUGAAUGUAUUGAAGAAAUAACACAGGUGCUAAGACGACCACCGGUCAUUUGGGAUAAUUUGCAUGCAAAUGAUUAUGACCAAAAAAGGAUAUUUUUAGGUCCCUACUGUGGUAGGUCACCAGAACUUAUCCCUUUGCUGCGAGGAGUGCUAACAAAUCCUAACUGCGAGUAUAAUGCAAAUAUGAUUGCUAUUAGGACCCUUGCACAUUGGGCUAGUUGUAGCUUGGACGCUCCUACACACAAUGAAGCUGUUUCAUGGGAUAUAAAAUUAGAAAGAGAGAGCGAACAAGGUGUAUGUGAAGAUGAUGUGCCUCUCACUCUUGCAAAACAUGUCUACCAUCAUAGGCAGGCUCUAAGACAAGCUAUAAAUGAGUGGCUCCCAGAGUUUUCCAUACCAAAGACGGCCCAGGGACCAGUAAUCAAGCCGCAACCAACGGUGCCUCCUGUAGCCAUCAUACCAAUUGUACCAUCUGUCAACACUUGCAUGUCGUUGGUUAGCACCACAACGACAGCUACAACCAGUACUACAGAUAGACCAGCACCACCGGCCAUCCCAACUGUAACCACCACACAUCUUCAGGGCUUACCAGAUAUGUGUCAUUCACAUGUGACACCAUCGCUUAGUACUACAAUGUCACCAACGGAAACUUUUAACCCGGUCUCAAACCCAGUAAUGAACUCCCUAGUAUCACCUACAAAGGUCAUACUCAAUGAAUCUAUUCCAAACCCCAUAAUUCCCAUGGCCAAUUCUAAUGUCUCGGUUCCUUCAGAAAUACCAGUUUCCACCCUUCCAGUUCCUAUCUUAGGACUCAAAACGAUAGAUGAUAAAGAUGAAACAAUGGAUAAGCUGGAUGGGAACGAAUUGUCCAAUGACAGCGUAUUGGAGACCAGCUUUAUGGAUGUAAGGAAAGACGAAGAACAAAUUAUUGUAGAUGAUGAGGAACGGAAUGGCGAAAUGAGCGUUGGAGACACACCACAAACACUGAGUCCGAGCCGCGUGGUACCAGAAGUGGGAUUAGAACCGUUAGAUGUUGAUCCACCAUCAACUAACGCCACAGAUUCUGAUGUGAUUAUGAACGACACAUACAGUGAGAAUGGUUCAAUGCAAGUCGAGCCAAGCAGCAGCCCUCUUAGUGGUGAUAUGAUGGUGGAGCAAAACGAUGUUACAGAUGAAUCAUCAGACCCGUUGAACGCUAAUCAGCUGACUGAAGACGACCUACUUCUACUCUGUGACCUGUUCUACUUGCCUUUUGAGCAUGGUUCGCGUGGUUUGCGAAUGUUACACGACUUCCAUUGGCUAACGACGCACGCAGCGAGCAUCUUACCCCGGGGAAGUAAGCCUGAGACAAGUGAAUGGCGUCGUCGUCACCGCCGCUUCACGUGGUGGGCUCACCGAAGCAGGCGACUCGCGCGAAGAUUGUCUUUGGCCGCCAAUAAAGAACUUCAUGCAGAGCUACGGCCUUAUCUAUGGGAUUUGUGCGCAGUUUUGGCGUUGUUAUCUGCCUUCUUGAAGUGGUUGGAGCUUGGUAAAUUUCCUCCAAAUAUUGCGACCUUCAUGCAGGGAAGUUACACAUGGUUUUCAAAAGGUUGGCGCGAAGCGUUUGAGAGUGGCGCUCAAGAACCGUGGGUGUUCCGCGGAGGGCUUGCUGCAGAUUUGCGGCGUCUCGUUCCGUUAGACUGCGGGCCGGAUCUGCGGCACUCUUUGCCGAAUGCAGUGCUGCCUCCGUUGUUGUGCACCGCACCACAGACUGUCCGCCCCUACACUCCAAGGGAUGAAGCUCAGGUUUGUAUGAUAUGUCACAAGACCUGCCGCGACGGUGGCGACUGCAGCGACCUGUUUCCCAGUGAUCUUCAAAGCUUACCGGCGGAUCGGCUAGUAAUGCCAUUCCUCACUCUGACACCGGAACUGUGUAUGGUGAUAGAAGAUGACGGAGAUUGUCCAUCGGACGACAAUGGUGACGUUGAAGAUGAUUCUGAAGGCGAUAAACCAGAGUCGAGCAAUAAAGUUAACGGCAAUAAACCGGAAAUCAUUGGCUACGCUUGCGCGGCUCUUAACAGUAAGGAGUUCUAUAAGAAGCAAGAAAUUGCGUGGAUACCGGAAAUGUGCAUCAAAUAUCCGGAGGAGCUGAUACAGAGAGACGAUCUCAGUCAAGCUGCUAGCGACUGCAUCCGGCACUUCCAUCAGUUCAGUACGUUAGAACGUGCUCCGGAGUCGGUGAGCGCCUCUCACCCCGCCUUGUUGACGUGUUGUGUUUUACGUGCUACGAGAGACCCGCAUGCGCCGGCGCGCCUGUUGACGUGUCUAUUGGCUGCCUUACGGGCUAACGGUGCAAACGGUGUCCACGCGUGCAUCAAUUCGACUGACCAUUAUCUGCUGCAGUUCUACAAUAAACUGGGAUUUGUGGAGCUAUCUCGUGAAAAUGGGCGCGUCUAUCUCGCGCGCUCCUUCUAG